AUGGGAAGGAUCUUGAAGAUCCGAGCUGAGACGCAAGCCGAAGCGAUACUCCUCAGGAAGGAGAAGGCGGGGAAAGAGGCCAACACGGCGGCGGAUGAACGAUCCACAGCAAUUUCGUCCAGCCCACGAGGGAAAGGCUUCUUCGAGGCAUCGGUUGGCCACUUGUUCUGCACUUAUCAUACAGUGCCUCGCGGGCUGUCCCUCGUUGAUGCCUGUAAUUAUCGAUGCAACCGGUGGAGCCGGCAGCAUCAGAUUUCAAUUCAAUCUUCUGGAAAGGCUUUCCGCAUCUUCAUUGACGCUCAGAGCAAACUUCCACAUCUUCUGGUCUCUCCUCCACCCACCACAGAUCCCACCUACAGUUCCUGGCUCUCGUCUGAUUAUUGUGUUAUGACGUGGCUCCUCAACAGCACGGAACCACAGAUUAGUAGCAGUGUUAUGUUCUUAACCACUGCGAAGGAGAUGUGGGACAGCCUGAAGAUUAUGUACGGAAAUGAAAAGAAUGCUUCCCGUAUAUUUGAGAUUUAUGAGCGACUGUUUACGCUCAAACAGGGAGAUAGGUCAGUUCCGGAGUUCUUUGGUGAGUUAAAGGGACUGAUAGACGAACUGGAGAUGCAUCAGCCUGCAGUAGCUGAUGCGGCGAUGCUGUUGGGAUAUCGCCGUGACUUGGCAGUGUCCAAGUUUCUUUCUGGAUUGCACCCUAACUUGCAGUCCCAGGUGAGAGGACAGAUAUUGGGUGGAGAUAUCAUCCCCUCACUGACUGCUACAUUCUCCAGAGUCAUGCAGGUCUCUACUGGUGUUUCUUCUGAUACUUCUGCACCGUCUCCACCUUCAGUGGAUCAGUCUGCCAUGUUCUCUAGUAAAGGCAGAGGCUGCGGUCGUGGUCGUGGUCGUGGUCGUGAUUCUUUGGGAGGACGUGGCUCUUUUAGUGGGAGACAGGGUGAUUCUGAUAGGGGUUCACGUCAGUGUGGUCAUUGUGGGAGGAUCAAUCAUAUUUCUGAGAAAUGCUGGGAGAAGUUUGGUCGUCCUCAAUGGGCCCAAGUAGCCGAUGCCGAGUCGACUCGCUCACCUAUUUCUACUACUAUUUCUAGUAAUCCAGCUACUACUGUUCCUACUGUUCAGAUUUCUCAGGCAGAUUAUGAGAGGUUACGCCAGCUAGAGAUUUCUCAGAACAGUCAUUCGGCUACUCAUGCAUCCUCUUCAGGUAUGGAUGCUUACAUAGCUUCUUCUCACAAACCCUGGGAAAUAUUUUGUGUCUGCUGA